UUACUUUGAAACUCACAGCCAAAUAUAUGGAUUUUGUCACUUCUGUGCCUAUAGUGAGUGUAUGACAAGUACUAUUCUAUCUACAACAACGUUGUCUUGAGCACUUUGUAUCUUGAAUAAAUGGUUGGUGUUCCUGUAAUGUCAAUGCUGUUGGCAUGAACAUGGAGCGAGUAUGUGAGGGUAAGGUGCUGGUGUUGGGGGAUGGAAACUUCUCCUUCUCUGUAGCACUAGUACAGAGGAUGGCAACCCCAGCACACCUGACAGCCACAGCUCUGGGUGGAGAGGAGGAGGCACUGAAGCAACACUCUGAGGCAGGGAACAACAUUCAGGCUCUUCAAGAUAAAGGUGCUACAGUCAUGUUUGGAGUAGAUGCUACAGCCCUGACUGCCUGUCCCAGACUACAAGGCCAGAAGUUUGAUCACAUCAUCUUCAACUUCCCGCAUGUCGGGAGAAAGGCACCCAUCAAACGCAACAGGGAACUGCUCAGGAAGGUUUUUAUAAGCUGUGCAGAGCUCCUGUGUGCUGAAGGUCACGUGUAUGUGACCCUAUGUCAAGGUCAAGGUGGAACACCUGCUGACCAACCACAGAGGGCGUGGCACAACUCCUGGCAGGCCGUUGCCAUGGCAGCGGAGGCAGGGUUGAUCCUGGGAGAGGUGGUGCCAUUUUGUGCAGAGGACUGGGAAGUGUACGCUCCAUCUGGGUACAGGAGCAGAGAUAAGGCUUUCCACACAGAGGGUGCACUAACACACAUCUUCAGACAGAGCUGCCCCCUAGCACCUGUGACACAUACUGCACCAACACUGGUAGCCAGAGUAAAAGGAAGAGACAGGCUUUUCUCCAGACCUGUUGCAUUAAGGCAUAAGAUUGGCAGAAACUUACAUCAGGAGGAGAACCAUCCUGUUGCGAUGGUCACCAAACAACUUUGUAGUCUUCUUGAAGAAAGGUUUGGAGUUUAUCAUGUGGAGAUGAAAGACUUUUCUAUUGUCUGUGACUCACCUGAUAUCAACAUAGCUGAUACCCUAAGUGAUGGGGAGGGGAAGAUAAGGCUGCUUCAGGUGAAUGAAGAUGUUACAGAAGAGACAUCAGCUGACCACAGCAGCCCCACAUGCUGGUACCUGCGGCCCAGUCUGACAACACACCUGUCUACAGUCCUGCAGACAUCACUACAGCCUGGUGUGGUGCAUGUACUCACUGGUGAGGUGUACUCCCACUGUUCCAUCUCCACACACACCUGUCCUCUGCAACACCAACUUCUGGGAGUGUUACACCUUCCUAAACAUACCGGAGACAGAAGUGGCAGCAGGCAAUCAGCAACAGUGGAUGAGUCAAGUCAGCCACACCCAUGUACCAUACCUGGGGUACUCUCUCCUACACCAACCAGUGACUUGCAUCAAGGGUAUGAAAGCAAAACCCAAGCUGCCUCCAACCAACCUGAGAGAGAAGCCCACCCCUCUGAACUACUUUGUAUAGCAAAAUGCACUCUUGAAGAUUUGAAAGGUUGUUCUUCCAGUGACUUGUGUUCCUCUGUAAGUUGUCUUGAGCAGAUAGUGUCUUCUAUUCUAGACUUGGAUCAUGCCCCAUCCUUUUCCUCCGAUGGGAAUUCUGUUUAUCUAUCAUCUGCUAGAAGUACAGAGACAAGCACUCCUGUCCCAAUAGGCCAGGUGUUUGUUGUCAACCAGGAUAUUUUACCUAGCUGUAAGAACCCUGGGCACACUAUUCUGUGCUUCACACUAAACUUAGACAUGAUAGCACUACUGAAAUUCAAUAUUCCUGACAUCAGGUUGUUGUGGACUGAAGACGAGCAUUUCUAUGAACAGUUCAGGGUUCAGUCCCACCCAGCCAUACCAUCUGUAACAUACCAGGAGUUCAGUAAGUUUCCACCCUCCUACAGUUAUGACAUCAGUUUCUGGGAGAACCCUGAUGCUGACUUCUGUGAGGAUGACUUUAUGAUGUUGUUGCGAGAGGUGGGCCAUGAUGUAAUUAAAGAGGCGACAGUUAUUGAUCGUUACAGCCAACCAGAGACAGGGAGGAGGAGUUGGUGCUACCGACUGACCUUCCAGGCUCCGGACAGAGCUCUGGGCACUUGUCAUGUCAAGGAGAUCAUGGAAGAACUAGGGAAAAGACUGGGACAAGACAUGGGGUUACAAGUCAGAUAGUGCAGUAUGGU